GCCAGUCGCAAAGAAGGAAGUCAAGGAACCCGUGAAAAAGACCAUGAGCGCAGACAAGUUUGAAGUCAUGUGGCCAGGAGGCCUCGGCAGCGGUGCUGGUGCCAGCGCUGGCGCCUUCACAGGCAGCCCUUUGGAUGACCUCCACUUACAACUGGAUGCAGAGGAGGAGGAGGAUACUGCGGAGUUCAGUGACCUUGAAGGAGAGCCGCCAACCUCUGACAUUGUGAGGUCGUACUUCCAUAGAGCAGUAUCAUCAACUGCGCCAGCUGCAAGGCCAAGUCCUCACUGGGAAGGCAGCAAUGCCUUCGAGACCCUCUACGGUCGGGCGCCUGGCAGCGCAGGUAAGAGCAGCGCGGCUCCAUCAACUCGCCGUGAAGGUCAGAGAGUCUCGGAGAGCGAGCCUAGCCCUUCGAAUGUAGACCAGGCUGAGGUGAAAGCGCGUUUGCAAGCCUUGGAUGCGGAACUGAAGAAGUACGAGAAAGAGAAUGAGACCUUGAAGAAACUUCAGGCACAUGCCAAGCAGGCGGAGCGAGACCUAGCUCGGGAAAGAGAAAAGCUGUGGAAAGAGGUAGAAGCGGAAAGGACCUCCUUACACGCCGAGUUUGAUGUGGAGCGGGCCGCCAUGCGCAAGGAGAGGCGACGCCUCGCGGAAAAUGCAGAUCGGCAGAGGCAGCAGCUCCGCGAGGAGCGGGAGGCGGCUGAGGAGCGACAGCGCCUCACCGAACACAGCAAGCAGCUAGAGGAGGAGAUGCGAGAGAAAGAGAAGCGGUGGCAACGAACGGUGGAUCGUUUGCAGCGACAAGUCACCGAGCUGAGCCGAAAGAAUGGAGAGCUUCAAGAGGAGGUGCAACGCCUGAACCAGCAAGCUGCUCAAACUCAGCAGGCAUCAUGGCUCAAGGAAGUUGCCGCGGUCAAGAGGGGCAUUUCUGCACGGCGGCGAACUAGCAGCCUAGGCCCGGCAGUUGCCGCUGCAGGGCCUGCUGCGAGUACUCCAGGGAGGGCAUCUGCAACAGGCCGUGAGGUGAUCGAGGCCUCAGCGCCUUGCGCAGCCGACAUCGAGAGGCCGAGCAAGCAGAUGCCGGUAUCGGAGGCCCGGAAAAGCUUUGAUGAAAAGACUGACAAGGCACCACAAAAUGAGGUUCGAGAGACCCGGAACUUGGAUGGCCGUGUGGAGCGCAUCUUCGUGGACGGCCGCCGCGAGGUGGAAUUCUCCAAUGGGCUCAAGAAGAUCAUGUGGCCUGAUGGUCAGACCUCGGUCUUGUUCCAGAAUGGAGAUCUCAAGGAGAUCCGCCCAGACGGUGUGGUAGUGUACCACUACCGGGCCACGGGAGCAGUGCAGACGACACUCAACGACGGUACCGAACUCUACCAGUUCAGCGAUGGCCAGACCGAGUGCCACAGUCUCGACGGCUCCAAAGAGAUCCGAUGCUUGGCGAAGUUCCAGAUUCUAUGAGUUGUGCAGUACACCAGGUGGGGUGGUUUGAGGCAGAGGGUUCACAACAUGUGGACAAUAACAUGAAAGUUCCAACCUGGCCGGCCUGAAACGACCCUGGUCAAAAAGCGGCACAGAGCAAUUGACUCAACUGUCCACCUGGCGGGUUUAGAGUUGUGGAAGCGCAGAAGAAUGCGCGCAUGUGAUGGCAUGUAAGCGGCAGCCGGCUCCUGGCAUCGCUACUGGGAGAUACUGGGAGCAAGAAGCUACUAGUAACAACGGGCAUUUCUACUAGGAGCAAGGACGCUACUGCGGAGGCCCUGAAGAGGGGUGGAAACGAGAGUAGGGCCAGGUAGCGUGAGUAGUAACCACUAAGGCAAGUCAUUAAAGAGAGGAAGCUCUUAGCAGCAAGGAAAGGGUAGAGAUCGGUUUCCUAGUUUGACGGACAUGAAGCCUUUUAAAAUUAAGAGCCAAAAUCCUUGCGAAUACUAAUAAUUACUAAUUACUAAUACUAAUGGCCAUGGUUGUGCGAGGUCUUAGGUUUUGGCCUCUACUAUGUUUUUUUUGGCAACCGCCAAUUGGACAAGAUAAUUAUUGCAAAGUCUGAUACGUAAGUGUGUCGGACAACAAGGUUUCAAGGAAUGCGGGACAUGAAGCGAACCGACUGCCAGACAACUCAUCGCAUCAGCAGCCAAUUUGGUGUCCACCCAAAGCCUCUUGAACAGGCUUCUGGUAAAUGGCAGGAAAGAAAGACAGAAAGGAAGGAAAAAGGAAAAGGCGGAAAAGGUGUAGAAGUUAAGUGUCUAGAAACAUCUAGGAACCAAAUCAGUGAUGCGUUAAACACAUACAUAUAUAGUAUAGCUUGCUUCAAUUAAGUAGAUGUCUUAAAAGAGAGUGUUCUCUUGAAAGAGCAAAAACAAGUUGUUCAGUUAAGCUCAAGACCGGCCAACUUGCGUGGUUUGGAAUCACUGAGAGGACAGCGGAGGAGAAAAGAGAAUGAACGAACCUUUCGAAAGAAUCUGGAAACAUCGCUACUAGGAGCAAGGACGCUGCUAAUAGCUCCUGGCCUUACUACUAGGAGCAAGAAGCUACUAGGAACAAGAAGUAACAUCGCUACUAGGAACAUACGACUUCUCUUUUUUGCAUUCUCAGAAUGGGAAACCGCUUCAAGAUACUUGAGAAGACACUUCAGAAAGAGCAACCUUUCAUUUGUUCAUCGGCUUGGAUUGAAAACGUGCCAAGGCUUCCCCAAUGGGACCACCAAGAAGAUUUUCUCGGAUGGAUCGGAAGAGGUAUGUUUUGCUGACGGGACUAUCAAGCAAACACCGGCAGCGAAGUGAGUGCUUCCUCGCUUUCCUUGAACAAGCACGCUUCUUCAAGGUACUUUAAGCAUCUUUAAACUGUCUGAUGUUGGAGGAUUUGGUUGAAGCUGCACGUUGUGCCUUCCUAUCUUGACUUGGAGGGUUCCAAGAUGCAGCUGCUAGUGUCAUUGAGGAUGUUGAGAUGCAGCUAAUUCUUGUAUCCAAGUCGUUCUCGGCUGGGGACGCUCCGUGGGGGGGGCAAAACCACAGAACCACAGAACACCACAGGACUUCUUGAAGUGGUUGGACUAUGUUGGAUUUCGAGCGCCUUAAGCAAAUCCAAGAUACCCUCAUGUGAAAGUUGGCGUUCCAGUGGCGUUGACAGCUGCAAGAGAGUCUGCAGCAUUAUGGUAGACUAGCCUCGCGUGCAGUGCUCAGCCUGCACAAUUUGUACAAUGUAGGCUUAAUCAAGAUGCAGAUGCCAUCUCAAAGUUGAUGCGUGUUUUGCCCGUGCACGCUGAACUUUCCUGUUUUGGGUCUGAGGAAAGAUUGCCCUAAGGACAAAUGUGAUCAGUCAUAGUGCCAUGGGCAAGUGGAGGGGUGUGACUCCUUUGCGAAGGGAGGUGUAGGGAGGAGUGACGGGGAUUCAACUCCUCCUGCUUUUGAAGGUGCAGACCAUUUCAACAUCGAAGGGGAUGUUGAAUUUCUGAAGACAUACACCCAACACCAACAAGGGCAAUAAGCUUGGGUGUUGGUUGCUUUGUAACUUAAAAAAUAGAAUGAUGUAU